UCUCAUCAAGGCUCAUCUAAACUGAAAGUCAUAAAAGGUAAAGGCAUGUAAAUCUAAUAGACAUUUCUGUAUUAGUCUCAAUGUGAAUCUGUUUUGUGUGUCUGCAUUUGUGUCACUGUCAAUGUUUUAUGUGUGUCUGCACUUUGUCACUCUCUGGUCUAUCUGUCUUUGUCUCAUUGUGAAUCUAAAGUAUGUUUUACUGUGAAUAUCAUUAUGACUUUGUGGUAUUGUCUUGUUAGUGGCUGUGUUAUUUGUUUCGUAUGGGUCUCGAUUUGAAUAUCUCAUGUUUGUAUCUGUAUGUCUCACUGUGAAUGUGUUAUAUGUGUUACUUUAACAUGUCUGUUUUUUGUUCCGCUGUGAAUGUUUUAUUUGUGUCUUUAUUUUCUUCACCCUGCGUUAGUUGUAUGUGCCUAUAUGUCUUACUGUGAAUUUAUGUUUCUCGCUGUAAGUCUUUAAGUGUGUCUGUACCGUUCUCAUAUUGAAUAUGGUAAUGGGGUCUCUUUUUUUUCCACUAUCAACAUAUAUUUUAAGUAUUUUGCAAACACAAAGGAUUUCGUUUUUAGAAUUCUAACAAUGCAGCAAAUGAGUCAAUAUGAUUUAUUGAGAAGUAAAAUAAAUAUAUUUAUCGAGGUCUUUUGAAUCUAUUAUCACCCCUGGAAGUUAGAUGUACCUAAAAAGGCAACUAUCUUGACAGAGAUUACGCGUAAUGUGUACCUCGUCAUCAUCGUAUUUGGAGAAAGAAGUUUGAGAACACUUCUGCCGUUUUAAAUCACUUUUAACAAGCAUUAUCGCGGUGAUUGUUCGUCCACCGAAAGUAGAUCAUGACAAUUCCAAACAUAGCCUUGGUGCUGGGGCUGGAUCUGUCAUGUUAACGUGCAAGAAAUGUGCUUGGAAUUGGGACCAAACGUUGGAUGACUUGAUACAGGCUUUGAGCACAUCAGCACGGAUUCCUGUGGAAAGACGGUUUAGUUUCUACAUUAAGUCACAGGCUGGUAGAAGUCCGGCGAUAUGCCUAACAAGGCAACCUACUUGACAGAGAUUACCCGUAGGUAUACAUUGUCAUCACUGAAUUUGCAGAAAGAAUAUUGAGCACCCUAUUACAAUUAAGUCACUUUUGAGGGGGCGCUCUCGUGUUCAUAGUUCGUCCGUCAGAUUAUGAUAUGCACGGUUAACGUAGGCAAACCUGCGUAGACAUUUCUAGGCACACUAAGUAUUCAAAUCGUCACAACGCAUUCUACAGUAACAAAGUGGUUUUUGUAAUUAAUCUCGACUCCAAAAAACAAGUUCCCUAAAGGAACCAAAUCUUAAAAUGUAUCAGCCAAAAAAACAAACCCCGAAACAAAUGAUUAAUUAGAAACAUAUUCCUACAUUUCCUCAGUUCUGGCCUCACAUAAGCAGAAUUUAAAAUGUUAAUAGACAAAAAAAAUCCUGUUAGUUUACCUCUAGAGCAGCGGUUCUCAUUUUGUUGGUCUCGAGCCUUUGGGCGUCAAACAAAUAUUACAAACAUUUAACAUCGGCCCCAAGAUCAUCGGAAAACAUAUAUUUAUGCAGAAGCUAUGAAAAUAAAUGAAUGGUUGGGGGUCGCAACAAAAAAAAAUAUUAAAGAGUCGCAUCAUGGGGAAGGUUAGGAACCGCUGCUCAAGAGUAUAAAGGAAUUUCAACUUUAUUUAGCUUUUUGUUAUCGAGAUGGCCUGAUCAUGACGUAUUUCGAUUGUAUAUAGUUACAGUGUUGUCGACAGGUUUUAUUGAACGCUAUUGAAGGAUUGAAAUAUGUAUAUCAGUUGAUUAUAUUUAUAAUUUUUUAUACAUAAUAUAUAUAUAUAUAUAUAUAUAUAUAUAUAUAUAUAUAUAUAUAUAUAUAUAUAUAAUAUAAAUAUUCUUGUUGUUUGCAAAUGAUUCGCAAAAGUUAGAGUAGAGCAUUUUCAAACCUAUUGCAAAACACAUCAAAUGUGAAAUCAGAACACACACAUAUAUAUAUAUAUAUAAUAUAAAUAUUCUUGUUGUUUGCAAAUGAUUCGCAAAAGUUAGAGUAGAGCAUUUUCAAACCUAUUGCAAAACACAUCAAAUGUGAAAUCAGAACACACACCGAAAACACGCCCUACGGAACAAACCAUGGCUUUUAUAAAAGUUUUGGCCUUUGUUAAACUUCAGCCAGAUAAAAGUUGAAACAAACAAAAACCGAGUCAGUGCUCGCUAAGAAAAUACGAGCAGCCACCAAGCGCCAUUUAAGCCUCGCAGAUUUUUAUAUUGUCUUAGAGAUCUCCUGAUCAGAGCAUGAGGGAGUGCAUUUCAUGGUCAUUAGAGAGCAACUUGUUUCUGUUUUCCCCCAGGCCCAGACGUGACCACGAGCCUUAAAACCACCGAAAUUCAAAGUUCGAGUGACGUCAGGGGGAGCCAGCACGGUGGGAAAAGAUUUUCUACCACACUGUCUCCUUCAGGUCGGUGAAUGGUUAGAUCGUUACUAGGAGGAACACAAUUUUCUUUCACUGUAUUCAACAUUAUUUUACGCAAGAUUUUCUGUUCACAAGAUAUUUUCUACAUGUAAUUGGACACUUUUGGCUGCGUAGUGCGCUUUGUUACCAUUCUUCAAGAGAUUUUUUGUAAGAUAAAUCUUAAGAGCAUUAUUAUCUCAUGUUUAAUGCUCUAAACUAGCCUUCAAAGAAAUUAUUUCUUUUCAAAUAUUUUUUUUUUUAAAUUGUUCAAUAUUGUUCAGUAAUGUAGAAACUUCCCAAUGACCCACAUUCAGGGGAGUCUGUGGAAACCAACACUCCCCAUUAUAUAAUGAUCGAUUCUCUGGGUCAUGGUAUCGAUAUUUAAAAGGAGAGAAUUCACUGUGAAUGUUAGUAAAAAAAUACAGUUUAAAAAAUUGUUUUAGCAAUGUUGAAAUUAUAAAAUGAUAUUAAAACAUAUGCUGCAUGUCUUUGUUAAGAUUUCAAUUUAAAAUUCAAACAUCCAGUGUGAUGCUGAAUGUUUGUGUUAAGAUUACAAUUUCGACACAAGCUGAAUAAUUGAUCCACAUUUUCUUCAAAACAAAUCUAUGGGAUGUUAAACAAAUGAGUUUUGGUAUGCCUUAAAAAAAUUAUAGUAUUGCUUAAUUUUUAUUUUAACAUCCAAACAUCGGGUGGAAAUUUUGGAUGGCUGUGCGCUCACAUAUAAGUCAUUUCAAACUUGUGGAUGGCUAUGCGCUCACACAUAAGUUAUAUCAAAUUUGUGGAUUUGAGCUGAAUCCAUAGGAAAGUAAAUGGAACCCUUUUGUUUUGGUCUCCUAAUAAAAUAUAAUAUUUUUCCUUUCCCACAUUAAAUAUGAGCCUUGGGAAAUGUAAAAACAAAGAUGUUAUCAACCCACACGUUUUUUUAAAAAAAACUUAGAUUUAAAGCAUGUGAUGAAUAGACGCCCUUCAUGAAUAGACGCCCCACCCCAUUUUUCAUGAGUAGACGCCCCCCUCCCUUAAUGAGUAGACGCCCCGGCCUUAAUUUGUUCAAACAUGUUUCGUUUCAGUGACGAACACCACUGACCUUCAAGUGACCGAUGACAGCUUGGACCUUCCGCUUAAGGUCCUCAUCGCCACAGCCACCUUCGUUGCUAUGUUAGGAGAGAUUUCUUUCUUCACCAUCGCAUGGAUCUUCUGGAGGAAGGCCAGGUCCAUGGACGCGAUCAGGUAGGGGCCCAAGCUAGCACUUUUAAUAUUAUGUAUUUUUAAUAUAAGCAAAUGAUCAGUCCUGUCUUAUCCCGGAAUAUGUACCUUUGAAUGAUUAAGUAGCAAAAAAUAUAUAUCUUAUCAUUAAGUAUCAAAAUAUGUAUCUUUCAAUCAAUAAGUAUGGAAAUAUGUACCUUUCAAUUAUUUACUAUCGAAACAUGUACCUUUCAUUCAUAAAUAUAGGUUAAACAUACUUAAUAUAGUAGAAACCAAUUUUUGCUGUAUCACCCGAUUAACGGGUAACACUCCUGCCGUUCAAUAACACAACACCUUUAUUCAUGAUAACUCUAUCACUACAGGUCGGUAAACAGCAAUUCUAAAUGUCAAAUUUAAAAUAAAAAUAUUUCCUCUGUUUACAGGAAUCUAUUUCAAAACCCAGACGCGUCAGGUCUGAAGACAUCCAUCAUACACAACCCCAC